GAGAAAUUUCAAUCGUUAACCAAAGCUUAUCAAUUUCUAUGUAAUCGUAGUAAAUUAUCGCGUGGUCCAAAUCGUCUACAUAUUCAAUUAAUGCUUAGAGCUCAAAGUAUCGUGUAUAAACGUUAUCGUUCUUGUAAGCUUCUCUUUUUUUAA